AUGGCUCCCAAGGUUGCUAUCGUCUUCUACUCGCUGUACGGCCACAUCCAGAAGCUGGCCGAGGCUGAGAAGAAGGGCAUUGAGUCCGCCGGCGGCCAGGCCGACAUCUUCCAGAUCGCCGAGACCCUCUCCGACGAGGUUCUGGCCAAGAUGCACGCCCCCGCCAAGUCUUCUUACCCCAUUGUUGGGCCCACCGACCUCCUGGAGUACGAUGCCAUCCUGUUCGGUAUUCCCACCCGCUACGGUAACUUCCCUGCUCAGUGGAAGACCUUCUGGGAUGCUACCGGCUCUAUCUGGGCCACUGGCGGCUUCUGGGGCAAGCACGCUGGUGUCUUCAUCUCCACCGGUACCCCCGGUGGUGGCCAGGAGUCCACUGCUAUUUCCGCCAUGAGCACCCUCGCCCACCACGGCUUCGUUUACGUCCCUCUGGGCUACAAGACCGCCUUCCCCCUCCUCACCAACCUCGACGAGGUUCACGGUGGUAGCCCCUGGGGUGCUGGUACUUUCGCCGGUGCCGAUGGAUCUCGCCAGCCUUCCGCCCUUGAGCUCCAGAUCGCCGAGGUUCAGGGCAAGUCCUUCUAUGAGACCGUCUCCAAGGGUAGCCAUGCCGAAUCGAAGCCCGCGGAUUCGGCUGCUGGGGCCGGACAAACUGCAAAGAAGACUGAGCAGCCUGUCCAGCGUCAGCAGGGUACCCAGGAAGCAGCGAAGGAGAAAAAGAGCAGUGAGGGACCGUGCGGUCUUCCCAAGAAGUGUGCUAUCAUGUAA